AGUAAUUACGUUGGUUAUUUAUUGAGGUUUUCUCGAUUUUCUAAACCUCGUAGGAUUUUGAAAACGUCGAUAUCUUCCUUCUCCCCCACUUUUCAAAUCUCCCUUUUUCAAACCCCACGCCCUCUCUCUCUCUCUCUCUCUCUCUCUCGUCUCAUCUUUAUCAAGAUAGCUCCAUAAUUUAUUUUAUUUCAAAAUUUUGAUUUCUGAUUGUUUCCGGGUUUGUAAGAAUUCCGGCGCCGGCUCCGAUGGCUCGUCGGAAUCCGUCGCUGCUCGAGAUGCUGCAGGAAGAUCAGGAGCCGUUUCAGCUGAAGACCUACAUUGCCGACAGGCGGUCUCAGAUCAAGAAACCGUCGCCGUCGCAGAGGACGGCGGUGCAGCUCCGGAAUCGGAAGCCGGCCGUCGUCAUCGCCGACGGAUCCAGAAACCGCGGCGGUAUUCUCUGCCGGCACGCCUGUUUCUUCGCGUUCCAGAACUCGCCGGACCUUCGGAAAUCGCCGUUCGCCGAUUGGCCGGCUUCGCCGGCGAAAAGCCCGACACGCGCCGCCGCGUUCCUCCACAUUCCGUCGCGCACCGCCGCGCUCCUUCUAGAAGCGGCGUUGAGGGUCCAGAAACCCAGACCCGGAUCCCCGGGUCGAACCCCCGGGUUCGGGCCGUUCGGAUCGUUCCUGAGAAGGCUUAGAGACCGGAGCAAGAACAAAAAGCGCGCUAUCUCCGAUAACGAUUUUACCAAAAAUGCUGCAAAAUCGUGCUCUCACCGUGACCGUCGGAUCAGCAGCCCCGAAUGGACGUCGGAGAAUGAAAUCAAAUCCAUGGCUUUCGAGGCGUCCACAAGCAGCUACAGUUCCGACUGGUCGGAGCAAAAUUUCCGGCCGCCGGAAAAACGAUUUUGCGUAAGCCCUUUCCAAUUCUCGUUCCACCCAAGCCCGUCUCCCACCGGCCGGCGCACGCCGGAGUUCAGUUCUCCGGCGGGGUCCCCUCGUCGCCACGUCAGCAAGAAGGAAAGCAACGAAGAAGACGAAGACAAGGAGGAUCAGUCGAGUCCUGUAUCAGUAUUAGAGCCUGUUUUCGAUGAAGACGACGAUGACUGCGAAAUCGAAUGCAGCAGCUACGCUAAUGUGCAGAGAGCCAAAGAGCAGUUCUUACUCAGGCUCCGAAGAUUCGAGAAGCUCGCCGACAUCGGCCCGAUGGAGCUCGACGACGAGAAGCUGCUUGACGAAUCCGGCGAGGAUGAUUUUCCGGAAGAUUCCGAAUCGGUGGACAAAAAGCCGCUAAGCGUAGACCUAUUAGUAUCCCGAGUUUUGGACCAAUCCGAUAUUCAGACAGCUCCGUCUCCCGGCAUGACGAAGCUUGUCGGCGAUUUGAUAGUGGAGGAGAAGGGCGAGAGGAUGUGCCGCUCCGGCGAGGCGGCGGCGGCGGUGGUCGGAAGAAUCCGAGAGAGGUUGGAUUUGUGGAAGGAGGUCGAAUUGGAUACGAUCGAUAUGAUGGUGGGAUUGGAUAUGAGGGGGAAGAAGGGGGCCGACGGGUGGACGAAGUUCGCCGGAGAAAUCGAGGAGGCAGCGGCGGAGGUGGAGGCCGCCGUGUGUGGGGUGGUGGUGGAUGAGCUUUUGGAAGAACUUUGUUACAUGGAGAGUCUUGUGUAGGAUUAAUGUUUUGGUAG